CGUUUUCUGUCCUCUAAAACCCGAGCACCACGCCAACGCAGUUGACGGUUGAAGAAGCCGUUCUGAAAAAACUAAGACACCCCCCUACCAAAAAAAAAAAAAAAACCCAACGGAAUAAGAAAAAUGGGGGAAUCUGAGAAUCGAAGCCACCUGGAAAAGACCUUGGAGCCCUUUUACCAAAGAGCUUCUGAAUCUGAGGAACGCUUGUCCAGACUAGAAGCUGCCCUUACAAAUAAGAAGGGUGCUAAAAAUGAGGACCAUUUGAAAUUGAUAAGUGAACUUCAGUCAAAGCUUGAAGAUGCUAAUGCAGAGCUGGUUUUAGAACGAGCAAAGGCGCAAAAGCUUGCUGUGGAAAAUGCAAAACUCCAAUAUCGUAUAACCCAUCUUGUUAAGGCAGCAAAGGAGGCUGAUCUCAAGUUGGAGCAAAUGGAGCAAGUAUUGACAGGGAAGCUGGAUGCCUCGAAGUUGGAGGAUUCUAAGAUUGUGAGCUGAGAGAGACAAAUUUAUGGCACUUCUAUGAGUAGAUUGUGAGCUGAAAGGACAACUUGUGGUACAUUAUAUUUUAGAAUGUUAAUAUGAUGCCCCUUUAUCAUUUAAUGAUUUUCUCGAUAUAGAAGUGGUCUAAUAUGCAUCUCUGCGGGUUGCCAUCUAUAAAAUAUAGUGGUUGUGAUCUUACACAACAUACAUAGAUUUGUCAAUGUACUUGCAAAUGCCUUAAGAGGAAUGUUCUCUAAUUUUGGAUUAUGGUGCCCUUUUCUCUGGGGUUCGGUAAAGCUGAACACAGGGUCAAUUUCUUGUACUUGCUCAUUGUCCCCCAUCUCAUGGAACUUGCUCUUUGUCCAGACUGAAAAGUGUAUGCAAAAAUAGUGAACUUUUUUUUUUUU